AUGCGUCCAUCUACUCUGCUUUGUCUCCUGCCGUUUGCGGCUGCUGUCCCUGCCUCGAAACGCUCGGAACUUGCUCGUCUCAUCGUUCCUCGCGAUCCAUCAGCCGUCCACCCGGGCAGAUAUCUCGUGGCCUUGAAGGAUGGCGCCCAGGACUCUUGCAGUCUCAAAAGUGCCAUGGAACUGUGCCCAGACAACAGCACCACCCAAGUCUACGAGAGCCUGUUCAAGGGUUUCACGGCAGAGCUGGAUGAGGAUAGCCUCGACAAGUUGCGAGCCCACCCUGCCGUCGCAUUCGUCGAACAGGACCAAAGACUUCCUGCCUCCACUCUUGAGCCCCUGAAGCCGGCCAACACGUCGGACACGCCUCAUCUUUCACGACGACAACAUGCCUAUUUUGACCGAUAUCUCAAUAAUCCAAACGCCGGCAAAGGUGUCUGUGGCUACAUCAUCGACACGGGCAUAGAUGCCUCACAUCCCGACUUUGGGGGUCGAGCCCAGAUCAUUGCGUCCACGGUAGACCGCACAGGAACCGACUACAUAGGGCACGGCACCCACGUCGCCGGCAUCUUUGGCAGCAACACGUACGGAAUAGCCAAAAAGGCCGACAUUUUCGCCGUCAAGGCGCUCUCGGAACGGUACCAUCUCACUCCCGCCUCCUACAUCGUUGCCGGCAUGGACUUUGUCGCCCAGGACGCACCCCGGCGCCGCUGCCCCAACGGCGUCGUCGUCAACCUGUCCCUGUCGGGCUCCCGCUCGGAAAUGUGGAACAUGGCGGCUCGCAAGCUCGUGGAGAGGGGAUACUUUGUGGCCGUGGCCGCCGGCAACGAGAGACGAGAUGCCCGAGAUGUCUCGCCCGCUUCGGAGCCGUCCGUCUGCACCGUGGGAGGCCAGGCAUACGGGCAAUCAAACUACGGCCCAGUCGUUGACAUUUGGGCUCCUGCGGUCGGCAUUCCCUCUCUCACUCCCGGACGCCGAUGGGGCUACAUGACUGGCACUUCCAUGGCCGCCCCGUACAUUGCUGGUCUCGCUGCCGCCAUGGCCUCCACUGACGGUAUGCGCGCAGGGCCGUAUCUCUGCGGCAUGAUCGUCCAGAUGGCCCGCUGGCGAGGCUGA